CUGGCCGGUGAGCGGGGUCGUGGGGAGGCCCGGCAGGAGGCUGCGCGUCCGGGACGCUUUGCUGCUUGUCUACUUUUUGGAAGACUCAAUCUGUUUGUCAAGCAGGCUGACCCUUCUUUGGCUUUACUGACACCGGGUAGCAAAAACUAGUUGCAGGCUUCCAUACCCUUUGGGAUGUGUAAUUGAGCAUGCUGCUUCAACACAAAAGAUGAACCUUUUAGACCUUCUCAGACACAGAGCACUCAACCCAACUGCUGCAGUAGAGAGAAAUCUGUGCCACCAUGGCUAGAAGAGGGAUUUAACUCUUGCAGAAAGAAGAAGUGAGUGUUAGCCCAGGAAGUGGCAGUUAUCCUGCACUGGGUCCUCCCAGGUAGCUUCAAAUAGGCAUUGCCAAUGGAUGAACUGGUGCAUGACUUGGCUUCAGCUUUAGAGCAGACUUCAGAGCAAAACAAACUGGAUGAGCUAUGGGAAGAGAUGGCCCUAAGCCCGCGUCAGCAGCGGCGUCAGCUUCGCAAGAGACGGGGUCGUAAACGACGCUCAGACUUCACACAUCAGGCAGAACACGCCUGCUGCUACAGCGAGGCCUCAGAGUCAAGCUUGGACGAAGCUGUUAAGGAUUGCCGUGAGGUGCUGACAGCUAAUUUCAGUGACUCUGAUGACAUGGCAGUGGUCAAACGACAUCCAGCUCUUAGUGCCACCCUGAGGAGCAAGCAACACUUGUGGCAUGAGUCAGACUCCUUUACAGAGAAUGCACCCUGUCGACCUCUCAGGCGCCGACGGAAAGUCAAACGUGUGACAUCAGAGGUGGCUGCCAGUCUCCAGCAAAAGCUCAGGGUGUCAGAAUGGAACUAUGAGAGGGGCUGCAGGUUCAAGUCAGCCAAGAAACAGCGUCUUUCACGCUGGAAAGAGAAUGCCCCUUGGACAUCAUCCAGUCACGGCCUUUGCGAGUCAGGAGAGAACAGGCCCUUCCUCAGCAAUGGGGGAAGGAAGGAGCGGAUGGAGUGUGAAGCUGAUGAUCAGAAACAGGGCUCAGAUGAAAACAUGUCGGAAUGUGAAACCAGCAGUGUUUGCAGCAGCAGUGAUACUGGCCUGUUUACCAAUGAUGAAGGCCGCCAAGGAGAUGAUGAGCAAAGUGAUUGGUUUUAUGAAGGAGAAUGUGUUCCAGGAUUCACUGUCCCAAACCUUCUUCCCAAGUGGGGAGCUGAUCACCGAUCUGAAGUGGAGAGGAUUGACUCAGGCCUGGACAAGCUCUCUGUUUCCACCUUCCUAUUGCCCUCACGGCCAGCUCAGAGAGGAUUUCAUGCUCGUCUGAAUCGCCUUCCAGGAGCUGCUGCCCGUUGUCUCCGUAAAGGUCGGAGGAGGCUGGUUGGCAAGGAGACCUCCAUGAGCACUCUGGGCACCGAGAGGCUAGGUCAUAUUGUUAGUGAUCCACGCCAGAAAGAAAUGAACACAGUGCUGGCUUCUGAUUUCCCACACACUGUGGCCUGUGCACAUGAGUUCAAUCCAUUAUCUCCUCUGUACUCUCUGGAUGUGCUUGCUGAUGCUUCCCACCGAAGAUGCUCACCAGCACACUGCACUGCCAGGCAAGCAAAUGUCCACCUGGGACCACCAUGUUCAAGGGACAUCAAGAGGAAACGAAAGCCAGCUGCAGCCUCCAUGUCUAGCCCAACAUCAGCAACUUUAUCUGUCCACAUGGAUGCAGCAGAGUCAGAGCUACCAGCAACAACGCCAUCCUUGAGAUCCCAGAACUCUGAGUGGACUGGGAAAACACCAGCAGCUGAGAAAUCUACUAUUGCUGCCUCCAGUAACUUUUUUAAAAUGCCACCAGAGAAGAGCCCUGGAUACAGCUAAAAGGAAGCAUUGUAACUGUAAAAGCUUGCUCAAUUUUGGAAGUGUUUGAUUCUGGUGUUUGUCUGCACUAAACAUCUUGUUUGGCAGUAGUGGUAUCUUCAGUAUUGGUGCGUGAUGCGUGCCAUCGUCCAGGCUGGUCUGUGUGCCUCACACACCUAAGUCAUGUUUGUGAAUCUAUGCUUAAGAAAAGGUAAUCAGUGUUGGGACUGCAGUGGCUUUUAGAAAGUUUCCUGCUAUCACUGUAUUUAUUAAGAAUUCAUCUCUUUUCCUGAUUCCAGCUCAUAUGUAAUGGGUCAUGUACAGGUUCUUUUGGGUUUUUAGCUGUUUAUCCACCCCCUGGACAUGUUGCUUGUUUGUGCAUUUUCAGGGUGGAAGUCCCACUGCCAUUCAGGGAGGCAGGAGUCUCCCUCUGCUUGCUUCCUGGCCAGAAGGAUUUCUUGGCUGGGGAAUGAGGAGGGAAUUGAAAAACACAUUGAAAAAUGAAACCUGAAUCCUGUAUUAGCAGAAUGUUUUCUGGCCAUGUGCUAAUGGACUCAAAUCAUGUUGCUUCUGGAAAAGCAAAUAUGGUGCUUGUCUAUGUAGAAAUUGCCAUUAGCUCACAGGCAGCAUUUGUCCGUUAGACCUUUUCCUUCUCCCUUGUUCUGAAUGUCUUCAGUCUUGUGUAUUGCAUGUUCAUUCCUAAACCUCCUACUGGAUAAGGAUUUGGGAGAGCUACUUGGAUGUAAAUGUGCAAGCUGGUGUCCUGGAUAGAAACCGAGAUCCUUGAAUAUUGUUGCAGUAUGGUAGAAGAUUACACAAAACAUCCGUAUCUCAGUGUUUAAAUUAAAAAAUGUCUGUUAGUGUUUCUAAAGGAUGCUUGUUGAAGUUAACAUGCCAUUGAACAAAAAAGCCAUUUAAAGUGUCACCUGAGGUCAGAGCGUUAUGGGUAUAGAUCAGACUCCUUCUGUAUCAUGCUCUCUCUCCCUUCAAAAGUACUGUCUGCUAUACCUACUGGAGGUGUCUCCACCUGCUGAUGACUGCACAUUACACUGCAGUGUACACUGAAGAGAUUCUCUUCAUAGAACUUCCACUUGGUCUGCUGUUACCUUCUGUGUUGCAGAAUAUAUGGACAAGGGUUUCUUCUCUCUAAUAACUAUGGAGCUUAUCUUGGACAUAUGUUUUCAGAAUAUGUACCUGUAUAGUAUGUGCCAAGGAACAAGUGGCCUCACAGCUUCUUAAAUCCUUUAAAAACAGGAUCUAUUUGUAUGAAUAGAACUUUUUGCUUUCCUUGUGUGGAGCUUUCAGACAGGACAGUUUAAACUUGUAAAAUCUAUUGAUUGUGGCUAUGCAUCUAGUUCUCUUAAUCAGAUAGUAAAAUUUGCUUGAUUUUAGUGAUUUUGCAGUGUUCUGCUCUCCUACGAAUCAAGUGAUUGAGGGACAGAUUUUAUUGGGGGAACAUGAAGCAGUGAUUUAUAUUAACUGUGUAUUAAAAUGGGAAAUGGUCAUAAUAUACAUGAAACAAACUGAAUGACUUGCUAAAUCAUGAUUGACAAAUAUAGUUAUACUAUAUGCACACUAAUGUAUGAUCCGCUAAUACCUACUUAUUCUUGGGGAGACAUCCAAAUUGGAUUUAUAUUUUGCAUCACAAGCAAACUGUCAGAUCUGUCACUAUAAAUCCUUCUCAAAACUCUUUUUUAUUCUUUUUUAUUUUUUUUUUAUUUGAGUGGUACAUUUUAGAAGUAAUUAGAACAGGGAAACCCUUCUUACCUUAAUGAAGGAACACAGAAGUCCAUUUGAAUUACAGGACAAGCUGUAGCAGUUUGUGAAGGAAGAAGUGUUCCUGUUUUAAAAUUGUCAUAGCUUGGUCUUACUUGUAGCUAUUUUGAACAGUGGUGCCUAAGGGGUAACACAGGAAAUUUCAGCACUGGAGGGCCUGUAAUGUAAAACAUCUGAAGAGAAGGUAAACCUGCAGAUCAGUGUCUAAUACUCAUGAGUACAGUGAAUGGGAAAGGUGGUCACGUUCUCCUGACAACUUGCAGAUAAAAGUUAGGAUUUGAAGCCUUGUAAUCUAAACUGCAUGCUGCUCCAAUGAUAGGAUCCCUAAAAGAGCAUUUGUGAAAUUGAGUGGUUUUGAUCUCAUGGAGUAUCCUCUACCACCUCUCUUAGUUUGAGUCUAUUCAACAGACUUACUCAGAAUACCGAUCAGUCAGCUAAAAGUUUAUAUUUUACGCACUGUAUUCCCUUUUAAAAAUCAAUUGUGAUAUAUCUUGCUACAUUCUGAGUAUUGUCCAAAGUAGUUUUUUUCUCUUCUGUGAUGUCAGGAUGCUUUAAAAACUUUUUCAAGAAAGGUCUUAGGGAAUCAAGAGCCUUUUUCUCAUUGUGGUGUUGGAGGGGUGGGUUGCAAUGCAUCAUGUGAUUUUUCUCAGGGGGCAAGGAAAGAGAAUUUGUCAGAUUUUCCUAUUGAGGUCAGUAGCAUCUGGUUAAGCCCUUACUUAGGUUGUAAGCUCCUAGGAGGUAUUUCUUGCCUUUUAAGGCUGAUUGUACCCAUGGCUGUAGUGCAGAGCAACUGUGGCAGGUCUUGUCUUGACAAGCCACACUUCCUGCCAUGGCAACUUUCUGGAUGUUCCAGGAGACUCCAACUAUUGCAGCUGUCCUGUCUUUCCUAUUUCUAGGUUAGACUCCAUUUACAAGGUAGUCAGAUUCUCAACCAAAUUUGAUUGUCCUGAGUGGUAGGCCAGCUAAAUGGAUCAUGUAUCGUGUUACUCCAGGGUAUUUAUCAAAACAUAUCUUCAGAUUAUCUCAUAUUUAGUAACUUGAUACAGAUUUUAAUAUCUACAGUAUUUUUAGAUGAAUAAAGUAAGUCCAUUGUUUUGCCUCUUUUUUUCAUUUAAGGCAGAUUUCUUAGAACUCACUCUGCUCACACAGAGAGAGUUCACAGUGUGAAUGCUAUUGCUUCCCAUGUGGAUUACUUGAGUAAAAAGGAGUAAUAGCAUGCUUUGAUUCGGUAGCUGUGCUUCUGUGAAGGUGGUCCAGUGUGUGAUUAUUGCUUCAAAGACACACAGCUUACUAAUAUUCCACUUCUUGUCCACCAGGACUCCCUAGUCUUUUUUCAGUUUUGUUUUCUCUCCAGUUGUCACUCUCCUUGUCCUUAUGGGACACUUCAACUUCUCAGACAGGACCUGGGAAUACCAUACUACUGUGACAAACAAAUCUGGAAAUUCAUGAAGUAUUUUGAAGAUAAUUUGUAGUCACAAGCACUCAGUGAGCCAACUAGGAAGGUUCUUCUCUUAAACCUGUUAUUUAUUAAUAAAGAAGGAUUUUUGAGAGAUAUGUUAGGUGGCUGCUUUUGCCACAGGAUCAUGAAAUGGGUAAUUUUAAAAAUUCUGAUUUUAUGAGGAAAAUGGUCAGCAAAGUUGCUACCCUGAAUUUCAGCAGAGCUAACUUCAGGUGGCUCAAUCAGCUAGUUAUUAGUGUGCUAUUCCUUGAGUGCUGGUCAGUUUUUAGGAAUCACUUUGUAAAAGCACAAGAGCAGGUGAUCUCUCUGUUGAAAGUCAAACAAGCCAUGCAGAAGACCAGCUUAACUGAACAGGGAACACCUCUUGAAUCUCAGAAAGGGAGAUAGUAUGAUCUCUGGUAGCAAGGUGAAGCUUCACAGAAAAAUUACAGAGCUGUAGUUCACAUCUGCAGGGAGAAGAUAUGAAAGACCAAAACUUAAUUAGAGUUGAAACUGGCCAGUGUUGUGUCAGACAAGCAAGGUUUUCUGAAGUACAUAAAUAGCAAAAGGAGGUCUGAGGAAAACAUUGGACUAAUAUUUGUUGUAAAUGAUCACAUUACAAAUUGGAGUAAAAAAAGUGGGGCCAUUCAGUUCUGGUUUUUUUGCCUUGGUCUCUUACAAUACUGACAGACCUUGGGCUGCCCUGUCUUCUGAUUUGGAGGACCAUUACUGUGGGAAUAAUGAUUUUCUGUUUGUGUAUAUGGAGAUUGUAAGGGACCAGUUGAAUGUUUGUAUGAGGCCAGGUAGGCUUCAUCCCAGUGUACUGAAGGAGCUAGUUGUUGUAGCAUGACCUCUCUCAAUCCCUACCAAAGCUUUUGGGAGUCUGGGAAAGGUCCAUGUUGACAAGAAGCUACUCAGCAUUAUUCUAGUAUAGAAGAAGGGCACGAAGCAAGAAACACAGACCUGCUAGUCUAGCCCCAGUACCUGGAAAAAUUAUAGAGGAUAUCAUACUGGUGCUACUGAAAGGCAUUUAAAGUCCUUUAAAUGAUAGAAUCAUAGGAUAUCCUGAGUUGGAAGGGACCCACAAGGAUCAUCAAGUCCAAUAAAAAAAGGUCUGGUGGGUGUUGUGGUGGUUGGCGGCUGUCUUGGGCAUAGUGACCAUGAAAUGUUAGUUUUCAAUACUGGUUGACGUAAGGAAGGGCACCAGCAGAACUGCCACCAUGGACUUCCAGUGGGCAGACUUUGGCCUGUUCAGGAGAUUGACAGAAUUCGUUGGGAGUCAGUCCUGAAGGGCAAAGCAAUCUAGGAAGGCUGGAUGUACUUUAAAAGGGAAUUCUUAAAUAUAUUCCAGAGCAGCACCAUCUUAGUUCUUCUUUGGAUACUCUCUAAUAGCUUUAUGUCCUUCCUAUAUUGUGACACCCCAAACUGCCCACAGGACUCGAAGUGAGAUUGCACCAGAGUGGAGCAGGAUAAUCCCCUCCUUUGACUGGAUCAUGAUGUAGUUUUAAAACAGAGCAAAUAAUAAAUGGCAAGUUGGUGAAAGCUGGAAGGCAUAUCCUGUGGGAAUUGGUGAAGGAAUUUGGUUUCGUCUGGUUUGGAGAAAAGGAGACUGCACUCUACAGUUUCCUGAGGGGGUGAAAGUGAAGGUAGAGGCGCUGGUCCCUUCACCCUGGUAUGUAGUCACAGGGUACAUGGGAAUGGUUCAGAGCUGUGCCAAGGGAGAUUCAGACUUGACAUUUGGAAACACUUGUAUACAUCUUCCAUACAGAGAGGGUGGUCAAACACUGGAGCAGGCUUCCUAGAGAGAUGGUUGAUGCCCCAGGCCUGUAGGGGUUUAGGAGACGUUUGGACAAACCCCUUAUUUUAAUUUCUUUUCAGUCCUGAAAUGGUCAGUCAGUUGCACUAGUUAUUAAUUUUAGGUCCCUUCCAAUUGAAUUAUUUUAUUUUAAUCAUUAACUUCAUGAUGUUUCUGUCCUUUCAUUCCUCCAAUCUGUCCAAGUCCCUCUUGGUGGUACUCCCACCCUCCAGCAUAUCAGUGGCUCCCUUCCUGAACAUGCCAUUAUUUCUGAUUUUGUUGGGAGUAUUUUCUGUCUUUUUCCACUGGGUCACUAAUGAUUUCUGAACACUAUCAAUCCCAGUAUUGUCUUCUGAGGCAUGCUUUUCAUAAAUGGCCACCAUGCAGAUCUCAAAACAUUGAUUGCUUAACCUGGCCCGUUUCUCUCUGAUCUUUCUUGCUGGAUGCUGUCCAGUCUGUACCUCCCCCAUCUGGCUUUGAGGGUGCUGUGAGAAACUGCAUCAAGAGGCUUAUUGAAGUCAAUGGAGACAUCACUUACUGCCCUCUGUGCAUCCUCAGAGCCUAUCAUUCCAUCAUAGAAGACAGGUUCAUAGGCUUGAUUUUCCAUCAUUUAAUGUCUGUUUGUUCCUAGUCAUCUCUUUGUCCUUUGGGUGCCUAGAAGUGGCUUCCAAAACUUGCUUCAUAAAGCUGCAGGGGACUGAGGUAGGGCUGACUAGCCUCUCACUCCACCAAUACUCCUUCCUGUCUUUUUAAAAAGGUGAUGUAUAUAUACUUGUCUCUGAAGACCUCAUGCAAUUGCAACUGGUUUUCUUAGGUGGCAGUGGCCAAUCUCAAAAUUACAUACUUCUGUAUAUAGGGGGAAGAUGGACAUUCUGUGAAAGAGAAACCAAGAGCUGAGAGAAGUACAUUUUCUAGUUGUUCUUUGCAUAUUUCCAGCAGUUCCAGUGAGCUCUAGCCAGGCUUAAUGCCCAGUUUGGUUGGUACUGGAGAGGACUGAAUUAAAAUAAUGUAGUUUCUGUCCUGAUGGAUUUUUUAUGAUUUUAAGGUACAGUAACAAAUGAAGAAAGCAGCAAAACAGGAGCUGGAGAGAAACUUGUUACAGGCUGGGACUAGUGCUACUGAAUGAUAGAUUAGCUUUGUGAUUGUGGUAUGCAGAGGUGUGUCUUGCCAGCAUCACUCUUGAAUAAUGACAUUGAGUAGGUUAGUGCUGUCCUUCAAACUGCAGGUGCUCUUGCUGUUAUUUUGUGGAUGUUGCAGAGACCUGCUUAGUGGGCAGAGGAUGAGAAGGGAAAUUGUAGGAAGGACAAGAAGAAGCAUGAUGGAGUGCCUCUUCUAUUGUAACCCCUUCUGUACUGAAGAAGGGAGAUGCUACAAAACGCAGUAUGUGUGCUUAGAUAUUGGGAAGAAAUUAUAUCAAAUCUAUAAGAACUUUUCUUUGUUGUCUUGAGGAACAGUUUGUAACCAGAGUUUUUCACUAAAAGUGAAGGAUGCUACAUUUGUUCAGAAAAUGUGUUUUAAUAGUCUGUUAGGAGACUAUCAAAGGAAGAUGAACUUCUGUUUUCAUUGUUACCCUUAAUUUCUGUGUCUUUGUUUCCUGUAUUCUGUUCCAGUUUGUGUUUUGUGACUGUGACAUCCUUUUGUACCAUCAAAUGCAGGAAAAAUACUUUACAGUAACGCUUCCUAAGGCAUAAAGCAUAAGAGGACACUUUCUAUAUAGGAGGUAAAACAAGAUUAUCUUAGGCCAUUAACUUUACCCAGUACAGAAGGCUUGAACUCAUCACAGAGGACCUAAUGCCUUAAUUUUACCAAGGCAUCUCUUUUUUAAGAAAGUGAAUAGUGCCACAGGCAAGUUCAGGGAGACUAAACUGGCACUAUUGCCUCAAGAACCAGGUGUGGCUGGGCCUCAGUCACAUGACAUAAAAUACAGAUUUACAUUGUGGAGACAGAAGGAAUUUUCAACAUCCUUCUCAGCUUUAAUGUGACUAGGAUGCCUUCCCAACUGCAAACAUAGCUGUCACUGUGAGUCCAGCAAGUUGGAAAGAUGUGCUCACUGGCAUACUAUAAAGAGAAUUCUUGUACUGACUUAAAGAAUUGGUAAAACUGGAAAAUGGACUGGUACAGCCUGUUAUAUCAGAGAAAGAUGCAAAAUACACUUGCAGAAAAUAAUUAGGAAAAGUAUUGCUGAGCCCUAUGUGUUAUAAGCACAGUAUUCAAUGUCCUAAAGCAGAAAUGCCAGUACUGUGAAGAUCAUCAGUGUUUUGCAAAGCUGCCCUCUUGUCCUUGUAACCUCUGAAGGAAAUGGGAUGAACAGCAUGAAAAAGGCUGUACUGUGUCAGACUAAAAGUCUGCUUGUCUUGGUAGUCUGUCUCUCACAGUGACCUGGUUUGGAUAUCUGGGGGGUACUGUAAAGAUGAAGCAGUAAUAUAGUGAUACUUUUUUUUAGUGUUCUCUUAGCCCAGUGAUGUACACGAGAUGUACAAACUUUCUUCAAGGCUCGAGAAAACAUUUUUGAACUUUUGAUUAUAGUAUUUAUCCUGCAACUGGAUUCAAAUAUAUUUUUACAAGGACACAUCCUGAUGAUGAAAACAUCAAGUAAGGAUUAGCAUAUCUUUGUUUGUAAUCAAUUUUCUUAUUAAUUACCCUCUUUAUAAGUAAAUAGCAUCUUCUCUUGGAAUACUUUUUUUUUCCUAAUAUCAGCAUCCUGACAUUGUUUCUUACAAUGCUUUUUUUUUUCAGCAAGGUUGAAAAGUCUUGUUCUUUCUUUACGAUGAGGCUUUUUUGACAUGUAUUUGUAUGCCCAGUCAACAAGUCCUAUGUAACCCACUAACCCAUAUAAAUCAUUUCUCAUAAGCUUCAUACUGUAAAACUUGUCAUUUAACCUUUAAUUGUGCUCCUGCAUGAAAAUGCCUGGUAUUCCACAUCCAUAUGCAUUCAGUUCUAGUGUCUACACUUAAAGUAUUUUUCAGAGUCACGGAGUAACUGUUAAGAGUCACUUACACUUCCUAUAGAGUGUUCUAAAACUGCUAUUCAGGCUUCAUAUAUUCAUAUAUCCAAAUAUGCUGCUAGUCUUUGCUGCCCAAACGCUGCUGUCACACUACCAUAGGAGGUGAUGUUCAGGCAGUUGGGUCUGAACCUGAAGUUCUUACCACUGAUUUGCAAUGUACAAGGUCCUAGAAAGUAAGAUUUUUUUUUUUUUUUUAAUUCAGAAAUUUAUUGCAUUUCCUCUGGCAAUGUUAUAGCACAAUUUUGUACCAAUCAUAUUUAUAAUUGUCAGUACUCGAGAGCUCGAUUUGUUUAGUUUUAUCAGAAGAGGAUAAGAGAGUGUCAUGCCUGUGUGGUAGAAAACCUUUUAUGGUGUUGGAAAUACUAAAUAAUAAACCAUCUUUUGUCUUGCAGAUGGGCAUAAAAAUGAACUUGGAGCUAAAGCCUAGGUUGCCUAGAUUGGUGCAUGUGAGAUUUCAUUGCUGGAGGCAUUUCUAAGAGAGCCAUGAUCUGAGACUGGUCUGGCCUGACCAGAGCCCUUGGGCACUGCUGAAGUCCUUGAAUUUUCCCUCAGGUUUUGACAACACCAGACAGUGAGCCAAAGCUACUAUCAAUUGCAUUUUAGCUUCCUCCUGCUGUCAAAGAGGGCUCUCCUAGAGAUAGCUCACAAACACACCUACUCAAAGUCUGUGGAGAGCUACCUUGUGCAUGUCCCAUAUAUUUUAUGAGGUCAUAAGAUCUAGCUGUUUGAUAGGGGUUGGACUCUGGGUUCUUGGGACUCUAUUUUAAGGUUAACAUGUAAAUAAGAAGGAUUCCUGCUUGUAUUCCUCUGUUUUAAAUAAGAUGUGUAUUCUCUGAAUGAGGCUCUUGCAGAAUCUCUGUUCUGAUUAUAGAAACUGGAAAUAAAUCAAUAUAUGAAAGAA